AUGUCCUUCAACGGCGGGAGGGUGGAGGAGACCGCGGUGACCGAUGGCGAUCGGUCGCCGUUGUGGAGGCAAACAAAGAAUGCAACGGCAGUACCACCACCGGCGGCUGCCAGCGCUACCGACUUGUCCUACCCUACGGCGGCGCCCGUGCCGGCAGCCGACGGUGCUCCGACCACCUACAGCGCGGCACAGCUCGCGGGGGAGUACCAAAAACUGCUGGAUGUGGUCGGCGCCCCCAACUACGAGACGAUCCAGCGUCUUUUUUCUGGCGACGCCACUCCCCCGGCCAGCACCGUCCCGAUGAUCCAGGUCUCCUUCGAACUCUUCGAGGCCGUGCAGAACCGCUUUGCCGCCACGAAGCAGGUGCUGGAGCGUACCAAGGCUGACCUUCUUACCCGCAACCAGCACUACUCCCUCCUCCACCAAGAUAUGCUGCGGCUCAAGGAUGAGUACGCCGUGCUCCAGAAGCGGAACAAAGAGGCGGAGGAGCGAAACACGCAACUGCACCAGCAGCGGGCAAAGCUGGAGGUGGCCGUGGAGCAGCUUGGGCGGGAGGUGGGCCAGGGCCGCACGGCACUCGACACACUGCGCGCCAAGCUUCUGCGCAGGGAGGAAGAGCUGCAACUCAGUCAGAGCCGCGUCGCCGAGAGCCUUGUCACCCUCUCGCAGAAGGAGGCUGUCAUUGGCACGCUGAGGCGCGAACUGGGCAAGUGUGGGCAGCUCCGCUACGGGCCCACGGCUGGGCAAAGGGAUGGCUUGCGCGAAGGCGAGGAGGACGGGCUGCAGGAUGGUGGCGAGGGCGCAAACUCGCAUGCGUACACGGCGGACAUGCUUGGCCGCAUCGCCGCCGACGUCGAGGGGCGCUCACAGGAGGCGCGUAUGAAGCUGAGCAUGGCGGACCUCGAGGGUCGCUUGUCGCGCCUCGGCGAGGAGAAGGACUCUGUUCUUGCUCAGCACGUGCAGUACCGUCAGCACGUGCAGCUCGCCUUGCAGGCCUACGAGGCUGAGGCGAUGCUGCGCGAGGACACCAUGGCGCAACACACAUGCGUGUACACUCCAUACUUCGCCGGCGACCAGGAGGAGCUCUACGCCAAACUGGUCAACCUCCAGACCGGGGAGGAUCUGGCGACAGAUCCGCGAGGCGACGAUGACGAAAUUGGCGUGGCUGCCGAAGCUGAGGUGCCGCCACCACUGCGGUCCUUUGGCGCCCUCGCCUUCGAGAUCCGCCGCACGAUUGAUCGCCUGUCGAGGACGCAUAUUGAUGAUGCCAGUCGGCAGCAGCAGGAGCUUUUACUUUGCGUUGACGCACAGUGCACGUUGCUGCACACGACCGCUGAGCUGGUCGGGUUCCUCAGCACUAUGGAGGAAGAGGUGCUGCGACGCCGCCUGACGCUGCCGGAGGUGCGCGAGGAGUGGCACAAGGCCAAGGCACCAGAAUUUGCACAAGGUAUCGCGCAGUCGCUGCAGGAGGGCGCGAGUCGAUUCGGCAGAGGCCUGGUCGGCCUGCUUCAGCAGGAGAACAGCUUCGUAGAAGAGUUGCAGCAGGCGAGAGCACUCCAACAGCAGCAACAGCGGUUGUCCACGACAGGCAGGGACACAUCUGUUGCUGCUGCAGCCGCUGCGUCGGCGGCCGGCGGCAAAGGCCAGCGCCUGCAGCGUGGAGGCCUAUUUGGUGGCACGUCGGUGCAGGACCGUUCUGGCUCAGCUCCGACUUCCAGAUCAGGAGGCCGUGGCUCGCAUUCUUCGGCGCAGGGGCCAGGGGAGGCGGAGUGGCGAAAAGGGUCUCUCACGGGUGCUGGCGCGGCCAAGGUGCCGCCCACCUCGGUGCCCACUGGGUGUGGGCAGGGCGGCAGCAAGGCAGAGGGGGAGCACGUUACAGGAUCUGCUACAUCGAACAGGUCGUCUGCUACGUCCGGCGCGCAGAGGCCGCCGACAUCUGCGGAGUCCUCCUUGCUUGGACAGGGAGACGGCGCCGCAGGGCAUCCAACUGCGCCAACUUCGCGGCUCACGAAGAUCGGAGGCCCUUACAACACAUCGGAGGGACAGGAGAGCGGUUCCACUAGUGCCGCUGACAUGAGAGCGUCGCCAGAGAGCCAAUUACAGUCCACACCCAAGGCGCAGACUCGCGACGGCACCACCGAUGGGAAGGAUGCUGCGGAGGUAUCUUCCGCAGCGUCGCCCUCUGCGGAGACUGCUGCAGCGAGUGCGGGCCAGUCUGUGGAGUACACCCCACCUUCUCCCGCUACGCUGCCUGCUGCCAUCUCUGCUACAACAAACACGGGCCAGCGUAACCGUGCGAGUAGUUGCGCAACAGUGGCGGAGCAGGUGGCGGGUGGAUUGGCUGCGCUCCCUCUCACGCCCAGCGUGGUGGUGUGCCCGCACUGUGCGCAUGAUGUGCUUGUCAACGCUACCACUGGUGAGUCGCUGCCAAUGCCUGCGGAUGGCAGCGGUGAAGGCGGUGCACGAGGCUUGCUCUCAGUGCCCGACACCGCUGACCUCGCAUCGCUCAAGACUAGCAAAAACGCGUCCUCGGCAUUGGCCUCACCUGCGGGUGGUCGCGCGGUGCUUCUUAACAAGUCAAGUGAAUUGGCCCGCGCCGCGCCGGGUAGCGGAGUGGGUGAGACCACGGCUACGCAGCACGAUGGUACUCGACUCACCAACUCGUCCGCCGCGGUUACCAAGUCAAAAGAUAAGAAGAGGCCCGGCAGCACUAGCGGCACGACCGGGGCGAGCGGCCUGAGGCUCAAGAAGGUUUCUUCCACUGGAAGCCGCGGCGCUUCCUCGUCGCCGACAUCGUCCCGGGCAACUUCCGCAGGCCACUCACGGACACACGGCACCAGGACUUGGAGAAAACGCUCGAUGCCUGUGAGCACAUCGGCCCUAUUCACGCAAGGUGAACAGAAGCUCGGCAUGAACAAUCCAAACUUUUACAUUGAUUCGAACACUUCCCAGGCAGUCUCGCCCUCGCGUCGCUCGGAGGACAACGUUGGCGCCGCACUGUCGGAGGCCGCUGGCGUCUCUGCCUCUGAGCUUGCACUGGCAUUGUCUGAUUGCCAAGACCGCCUCGCAUACACGACACAGGAGCUGCAGGACAUGCAGCUGGCAAAUGCCGCGCUGCAGGCCCAGCUGACCGCCGCCCUUGCCGCUGCGGCGGCCAGCGCACCAGCACCGGGGCCGUCGAUGUCUGCUGGCCCCGACAGCACCACAGGGGCUGCCAGCAGCUCAGGUGCUACGGGCCCCGCUGCAGGGUCCGCGGCGACACAGAAGGCGGCCGGGGGUCACCAGGCAACGCCGCGCUCGCCGGUAUACCCGGGCAAGAAGGUGCAUGAAUACGCCAAGUCGACGACGACGAUCUUCCAGACAGCAUCAAACAGUCCCCACUCAGGUCCCGGGGCCGCCGAGGAAGCGAUGCGUGCGUCCGGCGAAGUUGUGGAGAUCAACCAGGUCGCCACCUCCGUCAACCGCAAACCGCACCACCACAGCGGCUCUGCUUUACCGACGAAGCAACACCAGUCUACGCAUGCGGGUGCGCACAGGGGCGGGGCUGCGGACGGCGACGGCUUCACCAAGGCCUCCACUGCUGGUGCAGCGUCCGGCGGCAAGGACGGCCUCACGGACGAGAGCAGCGGCGCUGUCCUGAAUCACUACACGCACGGCUCGUCAUCAACGGCAUCCUCACCAGCAUCACCCUCCUUCCCAGGUCAUUCCUGCGGCACUGCGCGCCAUGUUGCUCACAAGGUCGAGGAAUCGGGCACCACUGGUAACACUUCGAUGCCCGGUAUCGCUGCAGCCAGAGGAUCUCAGUCGACGACUGGGUUCCAGCAGUCCUCCAGCACCUCUGCAAUGGCGAAGUGCGACCCCAUUUUGAAUGUGGAGGCGAUGGGCGACGGCGCACCGCAGAGCCGCGGCGGCAACAUGGUCGGCGGGGCCGCUUCCAUUUACGAGAGCAACACCAACGCAUUUCGCCACGAACGGCCAUCGCCGUUCGUGUCACCUCCGCCGCAGGGGCACCACUCAAAGCGGGCCGGUGGCGGUCUCGCAGCUGCGUCCGCUACGCAGCCACAGUACGGCAACACAUCGACACUGAGGCCGGUGUGGGGUUCCGCGUGCCUGCCUGCACUGAACCGUCGCCCUCAGGCACUGACAGGGGCCACAACCUCGAGCACAGGCGCAACCGGCUCCGGCGCUCUGCACCGCGCCAUCGCCUCUUCGGCAUCUGUUCCCCACAAGACGCAGACACUGGGGCUGGUGAUCACCAACUCGCGCGUCACCGGCGCCACUGCAAUGCAGCCGGAAAGGGCUGACCCUGGCGCGUAUGUCAGCAGCGCCGCCAAAGGCAGUGGCGACGGCCACGCAAACAGCGCCGGAGGCCACUCUGUCGCCUACAAGCUGCUCUCCGAGUCACCGCGCCCACUCAUGAGAGGACUUCACAGGUGUGCCUUGCCAUCCCUGCCGCCUCUCUCCUCCUCGCAGGCGCCGUUGCAGCAGCACUUGUGGAGCACCCACGCGUCGUCUUCGAAAAGCGGGCGCCGACCGCCGUCGAGCACCAGCCGUUCCUCUCGUGUGCCCGUGCCGGCUCUACCCACUGGCAUGGAGGCUGGAACACAACACUCGCACCAGACCCUCGCCACCGGCGCUGCUACUACUUCUGCUCCUGCAUCCUGGCUGUCAGUGUUGGGGUCGAACAUUCGUUCCUCGAGCCCGCCCCACAUCUCUUCCUCGACGAUGCCGCAGCAGUCAGUGUCCGCGUGGAUGUCCAGUCCUAUCUCGACAGCGGUCGCUGCCGCCAUCGCUGCCGCAAUCAAUGUUGGGAGCGAUGGGCCGGCGCAGCUGUCUACGGACGCAACUUACCCGCCUGCGGCGGCAACGGCGCUGAACAAGCGUCAGCAACUUAUGAUCGCCUAUCAGCAGCUGCGCCUCUGCCUCGGUCAAAGCGUCUCGCCGCUGUGCAGUGGCCGCGGCGGUGCUCAGCCGUCGUCUACGGCGGUAGGGGGCGUGAGUGAUGUCCAGGCUGCCGGGUGGCCGCGUGGCGGCGCGGGGUACGUGGAGCGGAACACCGGGACUAGAGGCAGACUGCGCCAAGUGAUGGCAAGACCGGUGCGCGGCACUUGGGUGCGUGGUUACUUGUACGAGACACCCAUCUUAGCGUCACCUGCCGGCGUGCCGCCGAGUGACACAAGCAUGACCUUCGGCGCCAUUGUGGGGAGGCCCGGUGUCGACUCCCACUUCAGUUCUCCCUGUACCGCCUCUGGGCAUCCGGCGGCGCGCACAUGGCAGGAUGCGUUGGGUCAGUCGAUACCGUGCACUAGCGGCGCCCCGAUCCCACAGGCGUUCACGUACUUGGCAACGCCGGCUGAGACACAGCGCCAAUGGUCGUCAAAAAGGUUUGGGCGGAGCAACUAUGGGCCCUUUGCCCUCCCCGCAUCAAGCACAACGGGCACAAUGGCGCGUCGUUGGUGUCAGCGCAAGCCUCGUACGUGGCAACAGCAGAAACGGUGGCACAUCAGUCAGUCGCGCGACGCUGCCGCCGGCGGCGGCGGCACGCUUUGCCGCGCUCCGUAUGCACCCGCCACGGAGCGGGUGGCGGGCUCAACGGAAGGCCUAAACAUGCAGCAGGUGCCACUCACACUUGCCCAGCAGCGUGCUACGCAGCUGUCCCAGUUCCAGUUUAUGGCGCCAUCUGCGGCCACCGUUCGCCCGCUCUCCAGUGCGAGGCAGCUAACGGGCCCCAACUUCAUGUCUACUUACGUGCGCACACGCAAGCAGCGCCGCAACGCUUGUGCAGUGCCGCACCAGGCAAAGCGCGACCCAAUGCAACGGGCGGUGAAGCGCACAGUGUACACAGUGAGCGUUGCCAGUUCUCGGUCGAGCCUGUCGGAUGUUUUCGAUAGCACUCCUUCACAGGAGGUGCUCACGCCGUUUCUCCCGUCCUAUCACGAGUAG